AUGGGUGGAAGGCUAUAUCCUGGACUAUGCAUGUAUCGAUUCAACCCGGCUUUGGAGGACGGAGAAGCAGAAGCGGGCGAGGUAGAAGUGGAAGACCCAGAGGUGGGAGAAGCAGAGGCGGGAGAAGCAGAGGCGGGAGAAGUAGAAUCGGAAGAAGCAGAGUCGGAAGAAGUAGUGGUGUGGGAAGUAGAGGCGGUAGAAUUGCCAUUCGUCCCUUCAGUCUCUGCACAAAUGAUCAACUCCAGUACAUUUGCCCAUCUCAAACGUUCUACCCACCCCGUACAACACAGCACUGCACCUCAUCCGGGCCUGGACACAAUCUGUUUUGCACAGGGAAGGGAGAACUCACCCGGCUCUCUGCGCGCCCCCAUUGGCAGCGCACUUGUUCUUUCCUGGCGUGUCGGUGCGUAG